GCAGACCGCGUCUCUGGCGAGACGCGCCCUCUGCCCGCCAUGGCCCGGCUGUUGCGGGCGUCCUGCCUUCUCUCCCUGCUCCUGGCUGGCUUCGUCCCGCCGGGCCGGGGGCAGGAGAAGUCGAAGACGGACUGCCAUGCUGACGUGAGCGGCACCAUCUAUGAGUACGGAGCCCUCACCAUCAAUGGGCAGGAGUACAUCCCCUUCAAGCAGUACGCUGGCAAAUACAUCCUCUUUGUCAACGUGGCCAGCUACUGAGGCCUGACAGGCCAGUACAUUGAACUGAAUGCACUACAGGAGGAGCUUGAACCAUUUGGCCUGGUCAUUCUGGGCUUCCCCUGCAACCAAUUCGGAAAACAGGAGCCAGGAGAGAACUCGGAAAUCCUACCCAGCCUCAAGUAUGUCCGACCGGGUGGGGGCUUCGUCCCCAAUUUCCAACUCUUUGAGAAAGGCGAUGUGAACGGGGAAAAAGAGCAGAAGUUCUACACGUUCCUGAAGAACUCCUGCCCUCCCACCUCAGAGCUCCUGGGCUCACCUGACCGCCUCUUCUGGGAGCCCAUGAAGGUCCAUGACAUCCGCUGGAACUUUGAGAAGUUCCUGGUGGGGCCAGAUGGUGUACCCAUCAUGCGCUGGUACCACAGGACCACGGUCAACACCGUCAAGAUGGACAUCCUGGCCUACAUGAGGCGGCAGGCGGCUCUGGCGGUCCAGGGGAAGUAAAUCAGACCUGCCCCACCCCGUGUCCACCGUGCAGGGGCUGGGGAGGGACUCCGUUCGGGAAGGAAUCCAUUUCUCCAACCACACCACACUCCCACCAUAGACCCCUCGCUAUUACACAAGGCCCCAGCCUGACACGAGCAUGUGCGUACGAUUGCGUCUGUACUGUUAUGCACGUGGGUGUCUGCACACAUGCCUACAGGUGUGUGUGACCACGUGUAUGCAUGAGUGAACAGCCACCUGUGUCUACCUGCGUGAAAACGGGGAAUGCGUACCAUGUGCGUACACACAGCUGUGCGCUACAGAGUGCGAGAAAAUCCCUCCCCUUCCUCCAAUUCUGACCCUAACCAUUCACUUUCAACUGAGCCCACGGUAAAACCAGCUCUAGAUCCAACUGUUCUGUUCUGACCUAGACCUC